UUUUAAGUAAUUGCAAGAAUUGCAACUGUCGAUGACAUAUAAAAGUUAUUGAAGUGGAACACAGUGUUGUUGUGUUGGUUGUGAAAAGCAAAACAAUCCUUUCUUUCGUGAAUUAAAUUGAAAUAUUAAUGGAUCAUAAUAACAAAAAGCGUAAUAUUAAAUACGAUAGAGUUAUGUCGCGUAUUAACUACAAGCCGCGUAACACUCCUAAGCCGAAAUCCUAUGUAACGCGCCACGAAAUACCGUCAUCUGUUUCCCUUGGCGCGAAACCAUCUGUUUCGAACGUUAGCUCAAGUGUUUUUAGUGAACUUCCAGUGGUUUUGAACGAUUAUUCCCCAUCUCCUGAGGCUCCGGUGAGGAGGACUUUUGUAGUUAAGCCUCGAAAGACUUUGAAAUCCCUUGAUCCUGCUCGGUCUCCCCAUCGAACGGUGCCCAAAGUGAAGGCGUCAGAGACGCCAGUGAGGCAAAAAGAUUGUAACAUAAGAGCGAGUGGUUCUACGCCGCUUUUGAAUCGUAGAAUUGCUUUGUCUGAUACACUUAGGGAAUGCUAUUCAAGCAGAUCUCACACCAGACUUAAGGAUCUCAAGGAUGAAAUCAAGGCAUAUCAUGAGACGGAUAAGCAUAUGAGGCUGCGUAGUCGGCUGUACCAGAGCUGCGGUGUGGUGCUGGACGACUUCGGGCGGGUGGCCUCCGACAAGGCUGUCCAAGUGCAGGAGGGAGAUGACAAGCCCAAGACUAAAGGAGAUGAUCACAAAAUAAGAUCGGAGCGGGGCAGCAGAGAGGAUGCCAGAGCCCCUGUGCCUGACCAACAGAUGAGAAGCCACGCCCCGCGGUACCCAGUCGAUAGAUAUUUGGUUGAGAGCAGCAAAAAUAUUGAAAUGGUUAACAUCAUAGAUGACGAGAUUUGGAAUACAGAGCCAGCGCUACGACCAGAGGAUGAAAUAAUUUUGAGGAAACUCCACGACAUGCUGCAGUCCACGGCAGACGACCUCAAGCUGCUGUCCGGGGAGCUGGCCCGGGCCCACGAGCCGCGGGCCCAGCACAAGGCGCAGCCCGCUCCCUUGGACGACGACUUCAACGAACAAAUCCACAUCGAGGAGCUGGUCAAUGCCAAAUUUCAUGGCUACAAAAUUAUUGACAAAACAUUGCCAUUCUCAUCCGAGUCUAGACCAAAAAUAGCUAAUGAAUCGCUAAGCCGCAAACCACAAAAUACUAAAGCUAUAAAUACAGGUGUUCAGGUAAACCAAACGUCACUGAAAAAAUCUUCCAUAAAUAAAAAUUUGCAAAUAACACGGCCAAAAAUAGUUCAAAUCAAAGAAGAUCCGCAAAGAGAAAGUUUAUUAAACAAUGGAAAACCGAGAAAGAGUACUCCUACGGUACAUUAUAACGAAUUCAGUUAUAAAUACGAAGAACCGAAAGAUGAGUCACCGUCAAAAACGUUACAGAUACAAAAAAUGCCGGAAGUAAAUAUAAGAGGUGAGCUGAAACAGCAAAAGGUUUUACAGUUAGAUAUUAUGCCAGAAUUUAGAAAAGAGUCGGAAGAAGUAAUUAAUAGUAAUAAUAAUGUAGGUGUUAUAGCUGUCCAACAUGAAACCUGCCCACCGCAACAACACGCUCCUCCUAAAAUUAGUAAACAAUAUUCUAAAACCUACCAUGUAUCAAGUAAACCAUCUAUCAGAAAAGUAUCCAAGAUGUCAACUUACGAAAGUAGUGAAUCUACUAAUAAUGUUAGUUCUGAUGCUCAUCGCCGUCAAGUAAUGCACAAACAAUUGAAACUCGCCUUGAAAUCAUCUCCUAAAAGCACGGUACGCAAUGAAACUAAAAACAAAAGGGUGAUUAAUAAAAAAGAAACUGAAAAACGCCCACAUUUAAAUUUAGAUGAAUGGAAGAAGAAGUUAAACGCCGUUUAUGGACAACCUUCAAGUUCCAAGAAAGGGAUUCCAUCAAAACAUAAAAAACUCUCUCCUAAAAAAUCCAACAUAUUAUCACGUACAACAGCAAAGUCAAAUCCAUUGAAUAAUGCCGAAUACAUUCCAUAUUCACAGCUCACUGUAGGAGGUGUUAGAGUUAGUGAUAUUGAAAGGGAACUGUCAGAUAUACCAAACAGAAAUGAAGUUCCACUCAGCCCAAUUUUAGAUAAAAUUCUGAGCAGCAGAGAAAAUUCCUUUCAUAAAGAUAGCCCAAGAAAACAUACUCAUAAAAAUAGUCCAAAAGUUCUUACAACAUCCGAUGAGAAUUUACUUCAAGAAGUGAUAGAUAUAGAAAAAACUGUUAACCAAACAUUAGCUAAUAAUAUUAAAGAUAGUAAAGAUAACACACCCGAGAAUACGACGCAGAACAAUGCAAACAGUGAAAAUUACGAAGGAAAUAGUUAUGCUGAUGAUUUUGAAGAUGACAAAAGUGAUCAAUCUGCACGUUCAGAAGACCCAGUCAGUAACAAAUCUCAGGUUGCCUCUGAUAAAUCUAAGAGCGAUGAAGAUAAAGCAAAUAAUUCUCAUGAUGAAACAGAGCUUGAUAAUGAAAACAUAAAUCCUAACACUUCUGAUGUUAAUAUACAAAACUCAACAUACACAAAAGUCUUAAACUUAUCAUUUAAGAAUUCAGUAGACAUAUUUGAAUUUGUUCACUCAAUCGACACACAUGACACAGGCACACAAAGUAAUACCAUCAGUAAAAUAUCUUUAAAAGAAACUCAAACAUCGCCGAGAAACGAAAAAUCAAACAUAAAACCCAUUCAUAAUGAUUUAUGGCCUUCUAUCGACCCAAAAGGUGAGGUGGAAAAUUUGUUUGAGCUUGAAAAAGAUUUUAUCAAAAAAUUAAUUAUAGAGGAAUAUGGAGAUAUUCUUGAAAAGAACAUUAAUAAACCAUCAAUUUCAAAGGAUGAAGGAGAUAGGCAAAAUAAUGUAGUAGCCUCACAGAAGAUUACACAAACAUCUCCGGCUCACGUUAAAAGUGUGAUGACAUCUCCCACUCGGACCAAGACUCGCACGACAUCGCCUUUUAGAUUAUCUUUAACAGUCGAUCGCCAAACCAGCCCUAUGAUCCAGGUGACGAAUGAGGACGAUCUUAAAAUUGAAAUAGCGAACGAAGUUGAAGAUCUCGGUAUAUCUAUUAAUCUUUCAUCGCCCCGGUUCAGUUUGCGUCUGCCGCAGACGUCGCGCGAGAUUCUUUCCAAUCUCGAUGAUGACAGUCGAAAUCAUUCUAAGCUUCAUCAGAAAGAUGUUAGCCAGGGUAUAGAAUCGAGAACUUUUAGAAAAUAUGCAGCAAGUAGUUCAAGCUCCGUAGACGCUGAUAAUUCGUCAUCAGAAAUAAGUAGCCUAGGUGAAGUGAAACUGAAAAGAAAGCUUAGGAAAAUAAAUAGAGUACCGUCCGUAUCCGAGUCUAGUGGCUCGUCCAUGAUCUCUAGACGGAGUUUAGAGUUAGUUUCAGGAGAUGUAUUGCCUUUGAAAAGCGAAGGCGAAGUUAGCUUUGGACAAAUAGUUAGAAAGCCUAGACACAAGCGAAAAGAAAGCGAUGGUGAAAUGAAUCUAUGAUUUAUGCUAUUACUGUUGUGUUUGCGAUAUGAAUUCUAUACUUACUUAGAUGUAAUGUUGUUUUGAUUCCCUCGGUGCCUUGAAAGUUGGAGGUAUUGUGGUAUGUUUGAUCGAGUUCAU